ACUGUCUAGAUAUCUUGGCAUAUACGGAGAGCCCAGCUAUUCGUUUGUUGUAGGAAAUCGAAACUAUGGCUACUUUAUUUCACAGCGGCCGUUUUUUUCAGUCAGGGUCCAAGAGUGACGGCUAUUCCUUCGUAGAUGCCAUGCUCGUUGACGAGUCCGGCAAAAUCACUCACGUCGGCAGCAGAAAUGAUGACAAAGUUUUGGCGGCCGAGGCUACCGGGAUAGCCAAACACAGUGUUAAUGGUCGUAUAGUCUUACCGGGGUUUAUCGACGGGCAUAUGCACUUCCUAAUGCUAGGGCAGUCUCUACAAAAGGCGGGUUUGGAGGCAUGCAAUGAUCUACAAGACAUCCGACGGACGAUUAAGGAGUUCGCUGCUACGCAUCCGUCCGCGGCUCGUAUAAUGUGCAAAGGGUGGAUGCACUCCAUGACUAAUGGUGAGGCAUUAGCUAGCAUGAUAGACGAUCUAGAUCCGAGGCCUAUCUUCAUCGAUUCCAAGGAUCUACACUCGACAUGGUGUAACAGUGCAGCCCUGAGCGAGAUGGGUGUGCAAGACAUGCCCGACCCAGAAGGUGGGAAAAUUCACCGCGGCGAGAAUGGCAAAGCAUCAGGACUCUUAUCGGAGGCAGCAGCCGUCACAAUUGUCUGGCCGCAUAUCGCAAAAGUCGCGCCGAUGGAGGAGAAGCUAUCAGCAUUAAAAGGGGCUGUCGGGGCGUAUAAUGCGUCUGGUUACACUGGACUCGUGGAGAUGGCGAUGGAUGAAAAUGCGUGGGAAGCUUUACAGAUACUACGCGCGAGAGAGAGGUUACCAAUUAGGAUAGCUAUUCACUGGCUCAUCACUCCUCGGAAGACAGAGGCUGAGAACCUCGCUCAGGUUGACCGCGCAAUCGAGCUCAACCGCCAGUUUAACGCCGACAACAGUCCAGAUUGUCGUAUCGUAGGUAUUAAGGUCAUCGGGGACGGUAUUAUAGACGGUUGCACCGCCGGACUCUCAGAACCCUAUGCCUCAAAUGGAAUAUCGUGCGAGCCCAUCUGGUCGCUUGCAGAGCUCGGGCCUGUCGUCAGAAAAGCGGAUAGGGCAGGCUUGCAGUGUGCCUUGCACGCGAUUGGCGAUAAGACCAUAAGCGUUGCCAUUGACGCUCUCGAGCAAAAUGCUACACCCGGCCGUAGGCAUCGGAUCGAGCAUCUCGAGCUUGCGUCGCCUGAAGACGCUAAGAGGUUAGGAAAGUUGGGUAUUACGGCUUCCAUCCAGCCGGUCCACGCCGAUCCGGCGAUCCUCCGAGCGUGGCCGUCACUCCUCGGCCCAUCCCGGUACGAACGCGCAUUCGCAUAUAAAGAGUUCGCCGACGGGGGUGCCGUACUAGCGUUAGGAUCCGAUUCUCCCACCGCACCUCACGCACCGCUGAAAAAUGCGUACACGGCAACAACGCGGCGCUCAGCCAGAGAGCCAGGUUUAACGGACCGGGUUAACCCGCAUUUCGCGUUAGACCUGGCAGCAGCAAUUGCAGCGGGUACGGAGGGUUCGGCAUACAGCUGCUUCGCAGACCAGUAUACCGGUAGACUGGAGGCCGGACGAAUGGCGGACUUUGUGGUGGUGGAUAUGGAAUGGGAUGCAAGUAAGCUGCUAGAGGCAAGAAUUUUACAAACCUGGUUCGGUGGGAAGAAGGUAUUUGACGCCCAAGUAUAACUAGUUUGAUUUGGCACUCGGAAUGCCCAAUAAGAUUUUAAACUGGUAUACAAGUGUUUAAUAUACACUUGUAUAUCCUCACCGCCAUUAGGGUGAGCCAGUAAGAAUAAUCGUGGAAUUGUUGA